AAAAACACCCAUGUACUUAGAUUUAGGUCAUGUUAAGGAACCCCAGGUGGCCAAAGUUAAUCUGGAAUAGGCGACUACGGCGUGCCUCAUAAUUAGAUCGCGGUUUUGGCACGUAAAACCCCGGACUUUAACGAAUUUUUAAAACUAAGUACUGCGCUAUACUAGGUCAUCGAUUGCACUUGCCGCUUUCAUGAAAGGACAUGCUGCAAUCCCGUUGGAGCCCAGCUGAAUGCUAUAAAGGAACUUCUUUUGCCGUAUACCGAAAGGCAAAUUUUCCAUUUCUAGAAAAUGUCGUUUAGCCUGGCGAUCGAUCUCAAAACCACUGCACAUCUGGAGCAGUAGUGUCACCGUCUGAGCUAUUCAGGGACCAAUCUGAUCGAACAACUAGAAGUGCUGCAUCUUUGAAAGAAAUUAAUUAUGCACAGAUAUCCUACAAAUUACUUGGCGCGAACAAUAUAAAUCAAAUAUAAGCCUGCCAUAUCUUACUGUCCUGCUCUGUUUUGAUGGUGAGCAGGAGUACGUGUUAGGACCGUCAUGCAUGUUUUUAUUUGCGCUGGGGACAGGAUGUGCUUGGAUGCAUGUACUUAGUAUUCCAAAAGUUCUUGCAGUCUCUUUCGGUGUUUAGACAAUGAUCGCGUUACAGCUUGGGUUUGGCCCUAUGAGCAACUAGGCAACUUUCGCGACGAAGACUUUUCAACAAGAGCUUUUUAGCCGUCGCCAUAUUGCCCUCUGGGUUGUUAUAAGCUUACGUAGGAACCUGCAAAAAAAAAAAAAAAAAACUGCGGAUUUGUGCUAAAUCCACGCUCGAACAGUCCAUAUAGGACAUGCUUUCGCAUCACGAUGCAAAGGUUUACGGAGCCUCCAGGUUUCGCCACUUCUGUUCCGCAGUAAGACAGUUCUGUAAAUAAAUGUAUUGAAAGUACACGAAAGGGUGCAUCGAUAGAUACGAAGGGCGGAGCCUGCUUUCUUAGUUUGAAAACAUAGAAGGGCAUUUUCAUCAUUACGCACAGGAUAAGAUACAGCCUUUCGUCGGUAAGAUUUAGUAGAAAUGUAAAUUUCUGGGUUCGGAAGCGCACUUGUUUACGCGGCAUGGGUUAAACAUCUUAAGUUGUAUUCAGUAGUCGCUAGCAGUGGGAUUUGCAAGAGCGCACGAAAAGUUACAAAAAUACAAACAUAGCUUGACUAAGCUGUCAUUACAGACCACACGCCGACCAUUCGUCGCGUGCCAGAGGACGAGCUGGAGGUGGAACUUACCGCACUGGACCACUACAUCUUCGACGCCCUGACCCAGGUCAGCUCUCCACUUCGACACUCGACGGUCGUUGCCGAAAGCCUCAGAAACGUGCAGAAUCUGACGCCUAGCAUUACCGCCUCGGAGUGGUUGACAUUUCUUGGGCGCCACCUCGCCGACGUCGCCGCGAACGUGACCACAACGACUCAGAUACUGACAUCGAACCGGGGUCUCCUGACCGCCGUGAGCACCUUCCACGAGCAGUUCGAGCACGCCGGGUUGCUCGCGCACAUCGCGCGUUCCUUAGUGGUGACCUUUGCCAACCUAUUCGCGGGUCGAGGGCAAAAAUCGAACACCAGCGCCAGCGAUCCUGUGGUCUCCGCUGCGAACAAAGCGAGUUGCCUGUCCCAGGUAGAGGACGCCUACGGCCUUGUCCUGGCCGCCAACUAUGCCCGCUCUAAAGCCUACGACAGGAACAGUGUGGACGACCUGCUGAACGAGAUCGUACGCUCCGCCUUCGCACUGACCUCGCCGGCGUCGCGCCGCGGAGUGAACGCAAGGUCGCGUCUCAAAAUGCUCCUAGUGGACCUCUGGCCGGUCUUUCGGGACGAGUCCUUGGAAGCUCUGUACGAGGACUUCCCUGAUUCGGGGAGGACAUAUUUCCACUACUUCGUCGAAAAUAGAAAGAGCAUCCGCCGUAAGCUUCUGGAGUCGUCUCGGACCUUCGCGAAUAACGUGUCUGUGCCCACUGGACGUUACUUCAAUUACGACGUCUUCAGCAACAGGCUGGCGGUGGCGGUCGGCACCGUCGCCCAUCCGCUAUUCUACGCCCACGGUACGCGCGCCAUGAACUUUGGCGGCCUCGGCCUGCUCUUUGCGAGGCAGCUAGUCGGCGUCAUCGACGCACCUGACGUGCACAGAGGGCCGCAAGGCUGGCGAGUGGUAACGGACAACGGCGCGGACGCCGGGAACACGAGCCGCGGCCACUUGGAAGACGCUCGGGCCCUCGAGAUAGCAUUCACGGCACUCGCCAAUGCAGUGGCUUACGACCGGGACCAGGGCAACCAGGAGGAGCGGCUCGUCAGCCUCGAAGAGUUUACCGGCGACCAGCUUUUCUUCAUCACCGCCUGCUACAACUCCUGCCGGUGGUCUUCGCAACGGCGAAUAUCGGUCGUGUGCGCAGGCGCCAGGGGCUUCGGCAGCUUCGCCACGGCUUUCGGCUGUUCUAAUGGCCACACCCGUGGCGUUGUUGCCGCUAGCAACAUCAAGCGAAAUGCCACCGCGGUGUCUGGACCUGCUUGAACUGCCCCGUUUCACUCAUCGUCGCAAGUUAUACUCUAGCCUGUCUGCGAGGCAAGGCUCAUUUUACGAGAUUUUCUGAACAUGUAGAGCACGGAAGCACGUCAACUUGAGACGUGCACUGAGCCCGCAGUCCUGGUGCAUGCGAAAUGUAGCCUCGCAGACCAUGGUUUUAGAUUUACAGUAGCAUUAGCAUGGACGCAGAGUUAUAGUGCGCUUUUUGUGUGUCGCGAACGCCUUUUUUCAGUUUUUCCUCUUCAGAGAUUCUUGUUUAGUGCGAAAUCAAUAAAUACUUACGCUAUAUUAUAGCUACAACUU